GCGACUUGCGCUGGUGCUCUUUUGUUGGCUGCUCUGCUUGAGUUUAGUUCAUAUCCAUGGAACACCGGCAUAUUCACUAUCAAGAGCACCACUGCCACCACCACCGCCCAGACCAAUAGCCAGACCACCGCCUCCAAGGCCAAAACCACCAUUGCCAAGGCUAACGAUACGGCAUUCAGACCAACAUCACCGCGAUUUGUUAGACCUCCUAAUGCACCACCCAUCAGGAGACCAACUAUUCCACCACCCAGGCCCACCAGAAGACGUCCCAUAACAAGGCAACCAACCAGGAGAAUCCCAAAACCACCACUGACCCGAAGACCCACCGCCAGGCCCACUAGGCCACCUGCAGUGCGAACCACUAGAAAAUUUCUGAUCUGGUCAAGGGCACCCACCAAAUUACUACCGACUAGGCCAAAUAUAAGGCCCACACUAUGGACCAGGCCGCCAGUGCGUCCUCCAUUGCCAACGGUGCGUCCAACGCGCUCAAGAGUGGGUCCCACUCUAUGGACAAGACCUCCCAUUAGAGUAACAGUACGACCCACGCCUAGACACCCAAUCAGACCCACUAUUAGGCCUACAAUUCGAGCCACUCUAUGGACGCGACCUCCGGUAAGACCUUCAAACCCCACCAGGUCUCCAGUUAGAGCCACAAAAUCCACUUUAUGGACCCGACCUCAAGUAAGAACUACUCGACGACUGACAUUCAUUUUCAACGAACCCACAAGAGAGCCUCCCACAUCAAGACCAAUUCCCAUCACUAGAGCUCCAAAUCCGGACAUAACUCGAUCCACAAGACGUUUGAUUUUUAUAUUUCCCAGGGACACCACCUCUAUAUAGCUCGACGUCCUAAUUGGACUGUACGUCCAACAGGACGUACGAGAACUACUUUAAUAGCUUAAUGCCUAUAAGUAAGCUGAAAUAAUAUAUAGUAGCUGAAUACAUAUAGAAUCUUUAAGAAUUCACUGCAAGCACGCGAUGUUAUAUUUUAUAUAAGAGAGAGAAAAGUCUAAGCUAAUAACCUUAAAUAUCAAGUCAAGGCACAGAUGGAUAGGCUAAUUAAAUAUUUUGAGUAGCUGAAUUGCAGGCUUUGGAAUAUCCUAUCUUUAUAAAAAUAAGGCUUUUCUAUCAAAACGGAGUCUGUAAGUUCAAAAUACAAUUUUUCAAUUGUAAAUUGUAAAUGAACAUACGAAUCAAAGAUUUAUGAAUGUUUCUAUAGUUAAGUUAAUUGCAUAUAUAGUUUAAAGUUGGAUAAGGCGAACGGGAAGACUGCCUAUUUACUUUCUAGCUGUGAUUUAAACCCAAUCUAAUACAGGACUUUAAGCACAACAAGUUUGGCGGACUCUGUUCGUAACGACCCCAUCUCCAUGACAAAUAUCCCUGAAGUGCCGACAUGCCCGGCAAAAGUCCAGGGAAACUGGAGCGAGGAGAAAAGUAGCUGUGGCAUACCGGAAGCGCUUCAAGUUUGCCGAGCUCAUUCGUCUCUGCGAUUUGUUGGCAUUUCAACGGACUGACGUGCUGGUUGCCCGUGGGCGGCACGAGGGGGCGUGGCAGGCGGGUGGGCGGUUGGCGGUGGGCGUGGUGCAGUGCCUGCUCAUGCAAUGAUAAAUGAAGUUUUAGUGGCUUUUGACCCAUUUAAUAAAUUGUUAAAGUUGAAGAAUGCGC